AUGGUCCUAUUGGAUAAUCGCUAUGUCGUCCCAUACAAUCCACAUCUUCUCAUUAGAUACGGAGGUCAUGUAAAUGUGGAAUGUUGUAACAAAUCCAACUCCAUCAAGUACCUUUUCAAAUACGUGAACAAAGUCCCUGAUAAGGCAUUGAUGCAGUUGUCUGUUGACGGUGACAAUCGUGAUAAGUCCAAGCCGGUUGAUGAAAUAAAGCAGUAUUACGAUUGUCAUUAUGUUUCACCUUGCGAGGCUGUUUGGAGGAUAUUUUCUUUUGAUAUACACCAUAAAUGGCCUCAUGUUCUCAAACUAACGUUUCACUUGCAUAAUGAACAAUCAGUACUAUAUGAUGGUGAUCAUGACAUCGAGGACGUGGUGAUGUAUAAAAAGGAAGCAUAUACCAUGUUUCUCGCGUGGUUUGAAGCAAAUCGUCAGUAUGUAGGCGGUCGCGAUCUAACGUAUGCUGAAUUUCCAACAAGAUUUACUUAUGAUAAGAAGGACAAACAAUGGCAGCCACGUAAACUAGGAUAUCAAAUUGGAAGGCUUCAUUACACGCCGCCUGGUAUAUGGGAGUUGUACUACAUGAGGAUACUAUUGACCGUUGAGUUGUACUACAUGAGGAUACUAUUGACCGUUAAGAAGGGCUGCAUGAGAUAUAAAUGCAUAAAAACGAUUAAUGGACAUACCUAUGACACGUUCCAGGAAGCACGCUCUGCUUUAGGAUUACUUGAUGACGACAGAGAGUUUAUAGAUGGUAUCAUGGAAAAUGGUGAGUUAGGUUCGGGCCAUCAAUUGCGUUGGUUGUUUGUGCAUCUCUUAACCACUAGGACAAUAACGAGCCCUGAUAUAGUAUGGGAUGCGGCAUGGCAGUUACUGCCCGAUGAUAUCUUAUUUGAACGUAGGAAGCGUCUGAAUAUUCUGGAUCUGCGUAUCGGUGACGAUGACUUGAAGAACCUGUGUUUGAUUAAAAUUGAAAUGUUGCUUCAGGAAAACGGACGGUCGCUUACUGACUUCAAAUCUAUGCCCAGGCCAAACGCAACAUACAUGUCAACUUUCACAAACAAGCUUAUCGUUGAUGAGCUAAGUUACAACAAAGAUGAACUGGAAAAGACACACGAUGAUAUGUUACUGAUGCUGACUGAUGAACAAAGAUGUGUGCAUGACAAGAUCAUGGAGUCUGUUGGUUCUGACGACGGUGGUUUCUUUUUCUUAUAUGGUUACGGUGGUACUGGAAAAACCUUUAUAUGGAAAACAUUGCCGUCUGCUGUUAGAUCGAAGGGGUUAAUUGUAUUGAAUGUUGCAUCCAGCGGUAUAGCGGCUCUUCUAUUACCAGGUGGAAGAACCGCGCACUCGACGCUGACAGUCUCUAUUGAAAUUAACGAGGCAUCAUCGCUUACGAUGGAAAAGGAUAGUCUUAGGGCAGACCAGCUGACCGAUCAUUGCGUGAUAUCAUUCAUGUCCAAGCAUGAUCCCCUAAACGCGCUUAAACCUUUUGGUGGAAUGAAGGUAGUUUUAGGUGGUGAUUUCAGGCAGAUAUUGUCUGUUGUCCGAGGAGGAACAAGGCCGGAUAUUGUUGAUGCCUCAAUCAAUUCGUCAAAGAUAUGGGCUUAUUGUAAUGUGUUGAGGCUUACUAUUAAUAUGAGAUUGGGUGCAUCUUCGGUACCUGCAGAGCAGGAAGAAAUUGCUAAUUUUGGCAAGUGGAUACUCUCAAUUGGAGACGGCAACGACGCUUCGGAUGAGAAUGAUGAAAUGAAGGUAGAAAUUCCUGAAGAUUUGCUGAUAUCAGACACAACAAACCCGUUGAUGUCACUUAUAAACUUUGUGUAUCCCGAUCUAAAUGAUAACCUUGGUGAAAAGAAAGAGUAUUUAACCUCUGAUUCUGUUUGUAGAUUGGGUGAAAAUUCUGAUGUCCAAAGCGAGUGGUUCACAUCGGAAUUUCUUAAUGGUAUUAAGAGCUUUGGAAUUCCAAAUCACAGGUUGAAGCUAAAAGUGGGAUGUCCAAUUAUGCUGAUGAGAAACAUCGAUCAGGCCAAUGGACUGUGUAAUGGUACUAGGCUGACAGUUACAUAUCUAGGGAAGAGCACGAUAGCUGCUACCGUAAUUACAGGAAAAAUGGCAGGUACCAGGGUUUAA